AUGGGCAAUGUGUGCUGUGAAGUGCAACCGCAAAGGCAUGAGGUUAGCUUGGAGACCUUCAAGAAGUCCAAGAUCGACUUGGUUUUGUCCAGCAUCCACAUGAUCAAUUUCUUGACUGAAGUUGAUCACUAUCCUUGCCUUUAUACGAAUGAGGCUGUCCUUGUGGAGGCCGUUCGUCGUUAUGAGACCAUUUGGCUUCCUCUGGUGGCACGGUCUGGUGUUAUUGAAGUUGUGCCUCCUUUGGAUGUAGAGUGGAUUUGGCAUUGCCAUAUGCUCUCACCUGUGGCUUAUCAAGAAGAUGCCCGUAAGGUCACUGGUGUGGUCCCUGAUCACCGCUUGAUGCCGCGGUCUGGGGAGGCGUGGCAAAAAGCACAACAAUUGGCGCGGCACCUCUGGCAGCAGCAAACCUCAGAGCCCUUUGACGUGGCGGCGCUGGCCACGGCUCCUCUGGAGCAGAAACCGCUGAUGUAUCCAACUAAGCUCAGCCACGACCUCGUGGCAGCGGCAAAGCGGCAAAUGUCGUUCCACUACCAAGUAGCGGUGAUGCCGCACUACCGAGAUAUUCAAUUCUUGGAGCUGGCGGUGGAGAGGUACCUCGACAAGUUCUUGGAGUUGAAGAAGAGACAUCCCAAGGUUGGCCCCCAGACCUCGGGCGGCAUGUUCCGAGGCAACGUGACGCUUCGAGAACGGGCUCUGCGCCCGGUGCAGCGACCGAUGCUGUGGACGCCCGCCAAGGGCGCCUUCCGUGUGGAGCCGCAGACCGAGUGGCGCCCCGCAGCUGACGGUACCGAGUGGCUGCACCGAAAGGACGCUUUGACGCCGCUCUCGCAGAGCAUCAACCGCUACUCCAAGACUGAUCACUUUAUAGGACAUGUCUGCCAUGGCAAGAACUGCCAUGGGAAGCACUUCAGCUACAUCGAGGUCUCGUCGAUCAGUGAUCAACCUCGCUGCUUGCCGUUGAUCACCGCGCACAGCAUUUCCCACGAUCAACUACCAGGGCCGCUGCAGGUGAGAUCCAAGAUACCUACUCUCAGCAAGAACUGCUUGGCCUACUUGCUGCGGGUCGCCUGCGAAGAUGUGGCCAUUGUGUUAGGGACUUGGUCAGGCUUCGAGAAGAGUUGGCGCAAAAGCAAAAGGAAUCCUUCAAAGCCUGGACGGCUGGACAUCAAGGUCUUCGCACUGAAGGCUGGCUCAUACUGCAACUUGCGCCAAAACACGAAUGACACUACAUCACCCAGCAGUUUUCAGAUGACUCUGAACGAGUUGCUGCUCAAGGAGCCUGAGCCAUUGCAGAACCAAGGAGUUGUUGGAUCGGUUCAAAUGCAUCUAGCCUCUGCAAUCAUCCAGCUGAGUGUGUUGUCUACACCCAGUGCUCUUGCCAUAGGCUAUGCAUUUGCCUUGACCUUUGCAUCCUUGCAUGUGGCUCUUCAACCGCGGAUGAGAUCAUCGCAAGCUCCGUCCUCUAAAACGAUGUACGCUCCCUUUUCAGUGGAUCAGCAGAAGUUUCACAUGCUCCAGUAUGCUGGAGGAGACACAGGGCAACAAAAACCUUCCAAAAGCAGCCGCAAAAGGGACGACUUCGAUGGCGCAGGAACAGGAUGUUCAACCCCGAUGGACGAUGAUUUCUACAACUAUCUCAUCUUCGAAAGCGCACUGCAUGACUCUGCUGACCAUGGUGAUUGUGGCGGCUGUGGCGGCUGUGGCAGUUGCGGUGGUUGUGGUGGCUGCGGUGGGUGUGGUGGAUGUGGCGGUUAA